AUGGCGUCCGACGACGGGACGAUUCCGCGUGAACGCCUCGACGUGGACCCGGGGCGCGCGCACCCGUUCGCGAUCGAGCGCGCGGUCGAGCGCGCGCCCGCGUCCGCGCCCGCGAUCGCGCGUCCCGAAGAGAGUCCGCUGUUGGACGCGCUUCGAACCUUCUUACCGACCAUGCGCGCGGCGAACGCGGCGUUAGCGGCGGACGACCCCCGCGUGCGGUCGAUCGAGAUCGACGACGACGACGCGGACGGGCCGAGGAUCGAGAUGGAUCUGGGACUGGGGGUGGUGGAUUUGCGAGACGCGGCGGCGGUGCGGGCGGCGGCGCGGGCGGCGGGCGAAGACGCGGGCGAAGACGCGGGCGAGGACGCGGGCGAGGCGGUGGAGGCGGCGACGCUCGUCGUGCCGGAGAGCGGGACGAAACCGGCCGCGAGGUCGAGGUCGGGGUCGAGCAAGCGGGCAAAGUUGAUUGAGGAAUUGUAA